AUGUCCGAGGCGGAAGAUAACAGAGAAGAGUUGAAGGAAGAGAUUGAUGACUUGUUUGGGGAUGAAGAGGAGGAUGAAGAGCAACAACAACAACAACAACAACAACAACAACCGCAAUCACCUCAACAGAAUGAGACGUUUGAUGGAAGUGACGGUGAAGGUGAAGGUGAAGGUGGAAAUGAAGAUGUACGAGGACGGAUUAACUUUGAUCAAUCGGGUAGUGAGGAGGAGGACUACGAAGGUGAACUUACCGAAAAGAACAUUUUGGAAUUGUCACUACCUCGUCAUGCGCAAAGUCUGUUGACGGAGGGCACACAAAUCUUGAGAACGCCAGUGCAUUUGAACAUUGAGCCACAUCCGUUUGACCCCACUGUGUUCAAAGAAGAAGUGGAGAAUAAUGCUCUUGAAAGAGUAGAGAAGGGGUUGACCUCAAAGCAGAUAUAUAACGAGCAAUUAGCGGAGAAAUUGAUUAAUGAGUCUACAGUAAGAUGGAGAUACCAUAAUUCAGGAAACGAUGAGAUCGUAAAACAAUCUAAUGCACAUUUUGUCCAAUGGGAUGAUGGGAGUUUGAGUUUGAAGAUUGGUGAAGAAAUGUUUGAUGUCAAGAAAUUGCCUACUGUGGAUAAUUUUUUGGUAAAGUCAUACAAGACUGCGGAGAUUUUGCAAACGGACUCAAUCAUUGAAAACACAAUCAACUUGUUGCCCGCGUCUAAUGACUCAAUUCACAAGAGGCUAACACAGGUGAUGAAGAACAUACAUAAUAAGGACAAGAUUUUGAACACUAUAACAGAAGACGAUCCAUUGAAGAAACAGAGAAUAGCAGAUGAAAAUGAAAAGAAGAAGUUGAAGAUGAAGAGACAAUUGGAAAGCAAGAGGAGAUUGGAGGAGGAAAAGUUUGAAAGGGGUGAGAGUCCUAGUGUGAGAGAGAGUUCGUAUGCUCGUUUUGCCAGAACUUAUGGAGAUGAGGAAGAAGGCGUGGGUGAGGAAUACGAUGAGGAGGACGAUUUUGUUGCUGGAGACGAAGAGGAACUAGAGAGGUAUGACGAUGAGGAAGAGGAGGAGGAAGAGGAGGGAGAAGGUGAGGAGGAUGACAGAGAAGAGGAUGAAUUUGAAAAAGGUGCUGAGAGGUUGCGUAAGUUGAAAGAAGAAGGGCAAGCAAAGUAUAGGGAAAGCUCGGCCGAGGAGGAGACUAGAAAGAGAAGAAGAAUUAUAGAAAGUGACGAAGAUGAUGAAUAG